GCUAGGAAGGCAUCGGGGGGAUCGGCUGAGCCAUCUCUGUACCCCUCCACUCCGCUCUUGCCAGAAACCACUGAGGAAGAAAACUCCUCCCUUCCUUUUUAGGUGCCAUACUUGUUGAUAUCCAUAGGCAAUUAUGAGUUGUGCUUCCGCGUACCUCGGGAGCUGCAUAAGGUUGCCGGAUUGUAGACGUACAAAUUUCAAGAUUUAUCUCCGAAGUAGCUUCAAAAUUUCAGUUUCUGUUUCCAAGUUCCACGGUUCUCUUUGGUCCUCCAGUGUUGAUGCGCCGGGCCGGUUCUCUGGUUUUCAAUUUAUACCACAGAGUUCCAAGAACUCCUAUACUGGGUUGGAUCAAAAUAACCUUUCAGGCAACGGUAACAAUGACGCUUAUGAAGAAAGGGUGGUGGCACUAGUUAUUGGAGGAGGUGGAAGGGAACAUGCACUGUGCUAUUCUUUACAACGUUCCCCCUCUUGUGCUAAAGUCUUUUGCGCUCCUGGAAAUUCUGGAAUUGCUCACUCUGGGGAUGCAACUUGUAUACCAGACUUGGAUAUAUCUGAUAGUGCUAAUGUUAUAUCUUUUUGUCGAUUAUGGGGCGUAGGGUUGGUGGUAAUUGGUCCUGAAGGCCCUCUUGUUGCUGGUCUCGCGAAUGAUCUUGUUAAGUCGGGGAUUCCCACGUUCGGGCCAUCAUCAGAGGCUGCAUUGUUGGAGGGUUCUAAGGAUUUCAUGAAAAAGUUGUGUGAUAAAUAUGGCAUUCCCACUGCAAAAUAUCAAACUUUUACCGACCCUUCUGAGGCAAAGCAAUACGUCAAAAAACAAGGAGCUCCUAUUGUAAUCAAGGCAGAUGGAUUGGCUGCAGGGAAGGGAGUCAUUGUUGCCAUGACUUUAGAAGAGGCAUUUGAGGCUGUUGACUUGAUGUUAGUGAAAGAUAUUUUUGGCUCCGCUGGUUCUCGAGUCAUAAUCGAGGAAUAUCUAGAGGGCGAAGAGGCUUCAUUCUUCGCUAUUGUGGAUGGUGAAAAUGCUCUGCCUCUUGAGUCAGCUCAGGAUCAUAAAAGAGUUGGUGAUGGUGAUACAGGUCCAAAUACAGGAGGCAUGGGGGCAUAUUCCCCUGCUCCCUUGCUGACAAAAGAGCUUCAGGCUUUGGUCAUGGAAUCAAUAAUCUCUCCUACAGUAAAUGGAAUGGCUGCUGAUGGCUGCAAAUUUGUUGGUGUGUUGUAUGCAGGUCUUAUGAUAGAGAAAAAAUCAGGGCUGCCUAAACUGAUCGAGUAUAAUGUGAGAUUUGGAGAUCCAGAAUGCCAGGUUCUAAUGAUGAGACUGGAAUCAGAUUUAGCACAAUUGUUACUCGCCGCCUGCAGAGGAGAGCUGAUCAAUGUUUCAUUGAAUUGGUCAUCAGAAACAGCAAUGGUGGUUGUAAUGGCAAGCGAAGGUUAUCCGGGGGAUUACAAGAAGGGGACAAUCAUCAGAAAUCUCGAAGAAGCGGAGCGAGUUUCUUCCAUGGUGAAGGUGUUUCACGCCGGAACGGCGCUCGACUCAGAUGGCAAUUUCGUUGCAGCUGGCGGCCGCGUGCUCGGCAUCACUGCCAAGGGGAUGAAUAUCGAGGAAGCGAGGCGAAGAGCUUACGAUGCAGUGGAAGUGAUUGAUUGGCCUCAAGGAUUCUUCAGAAGAGAUAUUGGCUGGAGGGCGCUGCCUCGCUUGGUGUCUUCGGAAUCAGUCAGGAACAAGGCAGAAUAAUUGUGUUUAUUUACUCAAAUAUGAAAUGAGUUUUCAUGUUUAUUCAGUCAAGCGAUAACUCCUCUGAUUAGAUUAACUGAACAUGAAGACUCUGGUUGGAGUUUUGGGUUUAGAAAUUAAGGGGCUGUUGGAUUAGUGGAUUUUGAUUGCAAUGUACUUUGAAUAAUUAAAAGUUCUUGUAUGAUUCAUAAAAUAAAGUGUAUUUUAAAUAUUUAUGAGUUAUUUU